UGUCAAAUUUUAUUGAAUCUUGUCGUGUCUCUUGUCUGCGCAUCUGGUUUUUUGUCAAACAAUACAGAUUUUUAGUAUAUAAAAUCUCCAAUCCAAUCUUAAUUCAUUAAGAUUUAUUAAUUGUUAACAUUACUUAUACAUACAGAGUAAUAAGACAAUUUUUUCCGUUUGGUAUUUUCUAGGUUUGUUCACUUGCCCUGAGUUAGUGCAUAGCUCAUUCUUCAAACAUGGAAUUGUUGCAGGGCUCGAGCCUGGCGGCCAGCAUGCUGCCCGGGUACGCCGCCGCCUUCGGGCAGCCGUACGAGCCGCCCGCGCCCCCCGCGGCCCCCGCGGCCCCCGCGCCGCCGCCCGAGCCGGCCCCGCCCGCCGCGCCGCCCGCGCCCGCCCCGCCCGUGCCCAGCUCGUUCCUGCCGGCCGCCAUCUACGACAUCCACCAACUCGGCGAGGUCUACACCGGAUCGCGCGGCGUGCUGCCCGCGCUGCUGGCGGCCCCGCCGCGCGCCGCCGCCGACCACGCCGACCAGCUCGCGCGCGCCAAGAAGUACGCCAUGGAGCAGAGCAUCAAGAUGGUGCUGAUGAAGCAGACGCUGGCGCACCAGCAGCAGCAGAUGGCGUCGCAGCGCACGCAGGUGCAGCGGCAGCAGGCGCUCGCGCUCAUGUGCAGGGUGUACGUGGGCUCGAUCUCGUUCGAGCUGAAGGAGGACACGAUCCGGCAGGCGUUCCUGCCGUUCGGGCCGAUCAAGUCCAUCAACAUGUCGUGGGACCCGGUCACGCAGAAGCACAAGGGGUUCGCCUUCGUCGAGUACGAGAUCCCCGAGGCGGCGCAGCUGUCGCUGGAGCAGAUGAACGGUGUCAUGCUGGGCGGACGUAACAUCAAGGUGGUGGGCCGUCCGUCCAACAUGCCGCAGGCGCAGGCCGUCAUAGACGAGAUCCAGGAGGAGGCCAAGCUCUACAACCGCAUCUACGUGGCCUCCGUGCACCCCGAGCUCACCGAGGACGACAUCAAGAAUGUGUUCGAGGCGUUCGGGCCGGUCUCCUACUGCCAGCUGGCGCGCGGCGGCUCGGCGCAGCGGCACAAGGGCUACGGCUUCAUCGAGUACGGCACGCUCGGAGCCGCGCUAGAGGCCAUAGCCAGCAUGAACCUGUUCGACCUGGGCGGGCAGUACCUGCGCGUGGGGCGCGCCAUCACGCCGCCCGCCGCGCUGGCGCCGUCGCCGCCGCUGGCCGCGCUGCCCGCCGCCGCCGCCGUCGCCGCCGCCGCCGCCACCGCCAAGAUACAGGCGAUGGACGCGGUGGCGAGCAACGCGGUGGCGCUGCACCUCACGAAGCUGUCUGCGCUGGGCGUGUCCCCCCCCGCGCUGCCCCUCUCCGCGCCCCUCACCGCGUCGCUGACCGCCCCCCUCGCGUCCCUCCCCGCGUCCCUCGCUCUCCCCGCCGCGCCCCUCGCGCCACUGGCCGCCGUGCUGCCGCCGCCGGGCGUCGUCAUCCCGCCCGCGGUCCCGGCCGGCCCCGCCCCCGCGCCCGCCCCCGCUCCCCCCGCGCCCGCCCCCGCGCCCCCCUCGCCCCCCGCCGGCGCCGCGCUGCGCAAGCUGCUGGACGCCGAGCCCGACACGCUGCAGCAGCAGGAGUCGCUGUCCAUCUCCGGCCAGUCCGCGCGCCACCUCGUCAUGCAGCGGCUGAUGCGGCGGCGCGCGUCGCGCACCGUGCUGCUGUGCAACAUGGUGUCGCCCGAGGAGGUGGACUCUGCACUGCACCACGAGAUCCAGGAGGAGUGCGGCAAGUGGGGGGCGGUGGCGCGCCUCGUCAUCUACCACGAGCGGGACGACGACGCGCCCGCCGCCGCCCGGGUCAAGAUCUUCGUGCAGUUCGAGGACUCCGCGCAGGCGGGCGCGGCGGCGGCGGCGCUGAACGGGCGCUACUUCGGCGGCCGCACCGUGCGCGCCUCGCUCUACGACCAGGAGCUGUUCGACCACGGCGACCUCACGCACUGAGACCACCUUAUACACUUGUAAUGUAACCACUCCGACGGCAAUGAGCUCAUGACAUGUAGGCAGUCGACGGUUGAGAGGGUAUAGGCGUGAUACUAUUUAUACUUGUAAAAAUAUAGCAUGAAACCUAUGCGACAGUUUAUACCUGUAGAAUAAAGUUUGUUUGCCCUUGAAAAUCGACAAAUGACAGAUGAAUUGUAUGGUUUUCACAGCUGUCAUAGGUCUCAUGCUAUAUUUUACUAAGUAUAAUUCAAUGUUUGAGCCUUCAACACAAAUUCAUCAGCUAUGCCUAUGCAUAAAAGCGAUAAGAGAUUAUGUAGUUAUGUCACUUCGUAUAGUAACAGACUGUUCAGUACAGAGCGCCGGUGACGGUGCGCUCCCAUGAUAAACUCUUUGACAUGUUGAUUAUUUUAUACUGGUAAUAAACUUUUUCUAUGAUUUCGAUGUAAUCGAAGAGUGAUACGGUUUCUCCUGAUGUAUUACUCACUUAAUACAUAUUUCUUACAAUCUCUGUAAACAUUUUAUAGUUAGAUAAAAAUAUAUUUCAAAUGAUUUGACACUGAAUUUGUUAACUUCUGUAACCAAACGAUAAUCUUUCGAGUCUGUCAGUCCAUUGUAUGUUACCAAUUUCACAUGUAAUUUUAGUUAUUCAGACGAAAUUAAUUUAUAGUUAUGUUUCCAUGAGUGAAUACUGAAAAUCUUUCCUAAUAUAUUUUCUUACGAUUUUGUGUCAUAAGUAUAUUUUCUUACACUCUUUUAGGCGCUAAAUAUUGUCAAAUGAAUGUACCUAUUGAAUAAUUUUUUUGUAAUUAAAUCUGAUGAAAUAUUGCUGGUCCCUUCGAAGUGUAAAAUGGUUAGAUCAUACAUUAUUAUAUAGGUGUUGUAUAUUAGUAUGGAGCUAGUUGUGAAUUAAUCUUCAGCAAUAAUAGAUGUUUACUAUCUGUCUUAUGUACGAUAUGCCUUACGAGUGUGAGUGAAGCGCUGCCACGUGUGCACCUACUUGUAUUAGUGGAGCGAGAGAGACUUAUCGGAUGCUAUCCUGACUAACAUAAUUUUGUAAUUACUUUUAGUUUGUACGGUACGAACAUUUGUGCGGCGUGCAUCCUGUUGCCAGGGAGGUCACUACAGCUUAUGUUAAACGAACGAAAGUAAAUCUGUCGAUACAAAGCCAGAAGUACUAGGUAAUAUCACAUGCAUGCUAUCCUGGUAUGAAAAAAUAUCGUGGUGGAUCUAACCACGAUCUAUGUCUUGAUUGUUUUAGGCAUACUUAUUGCAUGUCAGCUGUCGUUCGUUCGUUUAUUAUAAGCUCCAGUGAUUCCAGACUUGAGACGCGAGGGUGGAUGUACCAGACAUUUGUACUGCUUUAUAAUACAUAGGAACUACGUUUUAGUUUACUCAUACGGUUAGAUACGUGUAAAGAAUCGAAUAAGUAUUGUAAAUAAAUAAGUUUAACAAAAUAAA